AUGACGAGUGGCGAGCUGGAUCCUCAGUUCGUGCGGAGUUUCCGCUCCACAUGGGAAGACACCCCCUCGUCCCACGCAGUUCCUCACUCUACACUGACUGCUCUUGGUCUGUCGCAAGGCGACUAUCUCGAUGUGAAGGCUUGGAUAUUUCUGGUUGCACGGAAGCUGCAGUUUGAGAAUGGAGAGCGCGCUGCCUUCAAGGCAUGCGAGGCGCUUGCAGCUCUCUUCUCUGACCAAAGAUGUUUUUCUUUGGUCCACGAUGCACUCGUCAGCGUUCCAAAGGAGGAUAUUCCACAGAUCUUAGCAAGUUGCUGUCUGAAGCUCACAGCUCAGAAAAUGAUGAACCUCGAACACGCAUGUGCGCCAUCACUCCUGGCCUCUCUGGAAACUGCCGUAUUUGCUUCUCUAAGCUCUACUGGAGGCUUUUCGUUCAGUGCUGAACCUAUUCUCGCUGCUCUUAAGCCUCGGUUGCUGGAUGACAUCAAUGAUCCAAGACUGGCGCUGCGUGCCUAUCUAGUGGUCUUCACGCGUUUCUGCCACAAUGUUAUUUUCAACAGCCCCUGCAGUCAAGAUGGACUGAGUGGGUAUUGA